CUUGCAUCCAGGAGAAACCUUGACAAAUCACCCCCGAAGGAGAACGUCAUUCAGGUGAUGACAGCUGACAGGAGGGAGUACUCCAGGAAGCCAGGAUUCCCUGAUAUGAGUGUACCUCCACCUGUACCUGGUAUUCCACCAACUUUUGAUAUGCCACCACCAGGAUACACCCCAGAGCCUCCACCUUUCUACAUUCCUGAACCUGAUUCUUAUUAUCAGAGCUAUGAACCAACACAGGAUAGCCAAUGGGGAAGCGAUCCUACCUGGCAACCGACAAAUCUAGCAAUUCCUCUGACAGAGCACGAGGAUAAAGACGCAGGUCCAAAGACUAUUCCCACAAUGGUACCUCCGUUGACUAUACCUCCUCUGAUAGUACCAUCAGGACGUGAUCAGCGACCUGAGACUCGAGGCAUCGACAGAGAGCGCAGGGAUAUGGGUGAACGAGAUGUUGAUUCCGUUGGGAGAGAGAGAGAUCGUGAUCGAGGGGAACGAGACAAAGAUUCUGCUGUAAGGGACAAGGAAAGGGACCGAGACUCUGUCUCCAAGGAUGACGAUAAGGAUCGCGAUAGGUCGAGAUCCCAAUAUCGUCAUAAAGAAAG